AUGCUUCGUAUUCUUCUCCCAGCCCUGGCGUUUGGCCUAUCAGCGCUCGCUGCUCCUACAAUUGGCUCCAACAACUCCAUUGCCAAUGUUACGCCUUUCCACAUUGACCUCUCUGCAGGCGUGCCGCGCAUGCUGCAGCUAAUCCAGGCUAGCAAACUUCCCGACCAGCCUCAGUUUCCCGGCGUCGCCGGCACCAAGGGAAUUGACCUGGACGUGCUCCGAAGUCUGCGCAGCCAGUGGUUGACCAGCUUUGACUGGAACAAGGAACAGGCGUACCUCAAUAGCUUCAACAACUUUCGUACCAACAUCGAGGGUCUUGACAUUCACUUUGUCCAUCACAAGUCCAGCGACCCCAAUGCUAUCCCCAUCCUUCUCACUCAUGGCUGGCCCGGCUCCUUUAUGGAGUUUCUGCCCGUCAUCGAGCCUCUUACCCAGACUGCUACCACCAGCAAGGGCAAGCCUGUCUCGUUCCACGUCGUGGUCCCUUCCCUUCCUGGCUUUGCCUUUUCCCAGAAAGCGCCUGGCAACUGGACGCUUGACGACACAGCGCGUGUCUUCAACAGACUCAUGACCGAGGUCCUGGGCUACAAGACUUUCGCCGCACACGGAACCUCCAAUGGCGCCAUUCUGACUUAUACCUUGUACGACGAGUAUAACACCACAACUAGAGCGGCGCACUUCCCUCUCAUGCCUUUCUACCCCACGACCCCCGAGGAGCUCCAGGAGAGGCAGAUCAAGCUGUCGCCACUAGAGCAGGCCAUUUUUCAGCGAUCUCUGGAGUGGACGCAAAAUGGCACCGGAUAUUUUCUUGAGCACAUCUACCAGCCCAACACCAUCGGUCUUGGCCUUUACGAUUCCCCCAUCGGCCAGUUGUGCUGGAUUGGCGAGAAAUGGAUAGGAUGGGCGGAUGAACAUGCAGGCGUGGCCCCGUCUACACUCACCCACAACGAGAUUCUGCGCAGCGUCUCUCUCACAUUCCUCACCGGCACGUUUCUUUCUCAAAUCUAUACAUAUGCUCAAGAUACAGACCUUCCCUACGUCAAGGGUCUCCUCAACCGAGCGCACACCGACGCGCCCAUGUUUGUCACGUUUUUCCGCUACUCGAUUGGGUUCUGGCCCAAGGAGGUGCUUCGCAUCAUGGGCAACUUGGUGCAGUACAGGCUGCACGAAACUGGUGGCUUCUUUGCUGGCUUGGAAAACGCGCCAGCAUUUGUUGGGGAUUUGCGCGACAUUCGAGACUACUGGAAAUAG